ACGGAGACUUCUUCACUUUCACGCGCCAGGAGCCCAUCGGCGUCUGCGGACAGAUCAUCCCUUGGAACUUCCCUCUGCUGAUGUUCGCCUGGAAGAUUGCGCCGGCCCUUUGCUGCGGGAACACGGUGGUCCUCAAGCCGGCCGAGCAGACCCCCCUCAGCGCCCUCCACAUGGGCGCCCUCAUCAAGGAGGCCGGCUUCCCUCCGGGCGUGGUCAACAUCCUUCCCGGGUUCGGACCCACCGCCGGAGCGGCCAUUGCCUCCCACUUGGGGAUCGACAAAGUGGCCUUCACCGGCUCCACCGAGUUAUUGCCAAGGCAGACUCACCUUUCCGAGGAUGGCGUCGGGCAAGCCGGACUGCUUGAGGAAGAGGGCGGCAUCGCUGGCCCCGACUCUCCCUGUUCCAGAUGGAUCCACCUGCAAAACAAGCAGCGUCAGCAGCUGCUGAACCCCAAAACACGGCCUUCACCCAACCCCAGGUGA